ACCGACGCCUUCGAAUACACUCAGCAGAAUACCGCAAGCAACAGCUGAUCCUAGUGCCGAUCUGGGUCCACCUAUAAAUGAUGUCAGCACCUACCACAACAUACCAUGUUUUCAUAUCAGGAGAGCGGAAAACAGCACAAUGGUGGGACGAAAGGGAUGAAAGAACUCACUUCGAGCAGCCAAGCAUCCACCAGUGAGGAAACCAGAAAUGAUAGCAUUCCACAUGUCCUCUUUUUGUCGCCAGCCCUUCACCGCACAGUCAAAUGUUGAGAACAUGCCUCCCCAAACACCGAAGUUUCCACCAGUAACAGGGGCUCUUGCUUUGAUCACUGACAUUGCACCAACGAGGCGAUCGCCCUACGCAUAAUCAAUAUCAACCCGUCGGAUAUCAAAGUUGAAUAUGGAUAAUACUCACUCUUGGUGAAUUACGUGCGCCCUUGAUACCAUGCCAAAUGGUACCACCAACGGCACCCAUAGCAAAUGCACUCCCGAAGUCUGAAAGAAUAACCCAUGGGCUGGAAAGCAACGUCAUUACUCAAGACAGUAGCCGUAGAAUCAGAAUCAUGCUUGCCAGGGGUCUCGGGUAUGAUCAGCAUGGGCCAUGGCAGCAAGAAGAGAAUGAGGAUAUCGAGCGGGUCGUGUCCGACGAUGAGCAGCUUAGAGGAGGUGCCAGGUCAAGUCAGCGAGUGCAGGGGAUAGAAAAUUCCGGUGGCCAUUUGAACCGGCAUCUUCCGGGACGGGUCACGUGCGAGACGCGUCUUAAAUGGAAACGGGACGCGACUCGGGGUUAGUCCAUAACCACGACCAUGUCCACUCCCGUACCCAGACCCGUUGGCCUGGCCCGCAGAAGGUCUCAAAUGUAUGUUUCUGUCCCAGAUUCCCCUUACAAGGAUACACGUCCUCCAUCUAGAAACGAACCCUCUGGUUCCUCACUUGGCACCCCGAGUGCAUCUAGCCUCAAGGAGAACACGCCUCUCCGACCGUCGCGCACAAACAGCGAUUCUACCUCGUUGACAACCAUGAGCAGCCUUAGCUCAAACUCCCAUAAACGCAAGCUUUCACUUAAUAACGAGCGUCCUGAGGUUGUCAUAACCUCUAAACCACCACCAACGAAGAAGGUCAAAACUUCUGCUACAGGUAGCCAACCCAAGCUUCCUGAACAAAAGGCGGAUUCUGCGCCACCCAAGAAGGCCAAGGUCUCUGAACCCUCUGUGCUCACUUCCGAGGAGUAUCCAAAUGGCUACUGCUAUUGCCAUCAAUGUAAUAAGAAGCGUGAUAUAUCUCUUAUUAUACGAUGCACCAAGAAGGACAACUCAGUCAAUACACCGAAUCACCGGUGCAAGCUGAGGUAUUGCUCCGCCUGUCUGAACAAUCGGUACCAACAGAAUUUCGAAGAGAAGAAAUCCUUCAAUGGCGCUUCCCUUUCGAAGGCCAAGAAGGAUCAACACGUUUCCGAUGCUGGUUAUUACUGGGAGUGUCCUAGAUGCGAAGGUGAAUGUAAUUGCAGAGUGUGUCGUAAGAUUGCAGGGCUUCCUCCUCUUGGGAAACUGAAAACUAAGUCUACCGACGAGAAACCUGCUGUAGACAAUAAAGCUAAGGCUAAGUCUAAGCCGAAGGUCACUAAGGAGAAAGUCGUACCCAAGGCUUCCACCUCUAAGUCUUCUGCCAAGACGACAGGUAAAAUUGCCACUAAGGCAAAACCAACAGCAAAACCGAUUCCCGCUCCCAAACCAAAGGUUGUUCCAAAGCCAAAGCCUCUGCCAAGACCCCUGUGGACUCGUCUGGAAGUCCCUCUCCAACUCGCUCAAGUUGAAGACCGUAUCGCUGUCCGUGAAUUUAUCUUACGCUUCGCCCUUUCCUUACAAGUCUCAAAAACGCACCUCGAUGAGCUUGAGGAGCUCAUUGGCCAGAGUUUAAGUUCAACAGCCGAAGGUGACGACGAGGAUGUCGCAGGCUGGAUGGGCGAACCGUGCAUGAAGAGCAUUCUUGCUGGUCUUCUAGACGUCAUCCUUGAUUUUGCAUCAGUUUCGAACGCUACCAAGCAGGUUGGCCAUAUCAAGGAAGCUGCCAAGAGUAUCCGGGCUGCGGGGGGCAGCCUGAAUAAGAUGUGGUCUGCUCUUGAGACGCUUCGCUCUCAAACUAAUGUUAUUGGUAGUCCCUUUCGUUUCGAUCUCCCUGACCCACUACCUCCUCCGCCAUCCACCGUCUACCACAACACCCGCAGCGGCAUCCAAGGCAAGGGCGUCGAGACCACUGUCUACGUCGCGUGUUCCGCACAAUUAGUUCCCGUUCUUGUCGAACUGGUCGACCUUGCUAUACAGUCUCCGAUAAUCCGCGAAGAGAUCGACAGCGGCGUGGCGGAAGAGAAGGACCUGGUGAGAGAUGCUAAGGACGCUAUUUCGAAGGAGAACGCGCUCUGGAAGGAGGUCAAAGAUACGAAGAAAGUCAAGGCUGACCUAAAGGCCAAUCGCGAACGGCAUAAGCAGCGACUCCACGACCUUGAGCUUGCUUCUGUUCUUGCUUCUCAUCGUUUCGCUCCUCGAUACGGUCCACUUGGUCGAGACAGCGAAGGACGCAUAUAUUAUGCGCUUUCCCCUGGAAUGGCCGAGACGGACGCUGCGAUUCAACUUAUCAAAGGAAAAGUGGUCAAAGUGAAGUUCGGCCGAAAGAAAGGCGGUGUCACGAUAGAGGACAGAAAGGACAUGCAGCGUUGGUCUUGGUUCCUCGCUGUCUGGGGCCGCAAGCCAGAAGGUGCUGAAGAAGCGAAAGGAGAAGACGGAGAUGUCUUGAUGGAUGAUGACAGCGAACGAUGGUGGGGCUUUUGGGACCCUAUGGAGAUCCACAAGCUGGCGGCAUGGCUCGAGGUGAAGAAUGCCUUGGGCGAUGGCUCUGCUCAAAGUUAUCCUUCCAAACUCACUGUUUCUCGCAAGAGCACCGUCAGUCGCAGUACGACAGCGAAUUCUGUCGCCAGUGUCAGCCGCGAGCCUUCACCUCUCUCUGAACUUUCCUCGGAAACAGACAAUAGUGAUGAAGAGGACGAGGACGAUGAGAGCCAACGCAUUGGGAAGCCUACCAGGAAGGAGCUGCGCACGCUUGUCCAGCACAUGAGGCAAUAUGCUGACCUACUGCAAUGGCGCGUCCAGCGUGCAUUGGCCUCCGACGAAGGUACACCAGACAAAGACGAUGAGCCACGCUCUUCUAGAGGUCGUCCAAUGCCUGCUACGAAGUUUUAUGCUUAAGUUACUAGAGAGUUGUCGCUAUUUUAGAUUCUUUAGUUCUCAAUGUUUUGUAGAAGUACAAGCGACAUAAUCAUCUGUACUGUACCACGUUCUGUCUACCUCUGUAUACGAUACCAAUCUGCUUACACGGUCUCGAAAUGAGUCGCUAUAGAGCC